CUAAACAUGAACUGUGAUUGGUUAGCGAAGAUUUGACAAAGAAGAUUGAACGCGUUAAACCGAGCUCAGCAAGUCGAACUUCGGUUAAUUCGAGUUAACCGCGAAUUGUGAAACCGGGUCUAAAACCGUGGAUUGGGUUCCUGACACCAAGCCACGGAGUUGUAUAUUUGUUAAAUUAACAGAUAAUAAUAAGAAAGUGGUGUAAAACACCGAAAAUGUGAUAUAAAACACCGACAAUUGUCCAAAAAUAUUUACAGCGUAACUACACACUAAUCGACCCCCCACUUUUUGCGAUCUGCGUUUGCGUUUUAUAUAGAUGGGCCUUUACUCGAUUGUAGUUCGCUGUAAAAAGACUACAAUGAAAUGGCCGCUUUCAUGAGUUUUUAUGGUUGUAUCAGGUAUUCACAUUCGUCUGACUCUGACUUGUCAAUUUCUUGCAGAUACAUAAAAAAAAAACUUAUACAAAUGUCUACAAUGUCUACACCAUCAAUGGAUGAGCAUUUAAUGAAGGAAAUACGCAAGGUGAUACCGAACUUAAUAAAUACAACAAAAUACAAAGGUCAAGAUGGUAGAAUUGGAAUUUUUGGUGGCAGCACAGAAUAUACAGGAGCACCUUAUUUUGCAGCCAUGAGUGCACUAAGAACUGGUGCUGAUCUUGUUCACAUAUUCUGUACAAAAGAUGCUAGCAUUCCUAUCAAAUCGUUCAGUCCAGAACCAAUAGUUCAUCCAGUAUUGGAUCAGUAUGAUGCGAUAAAGCAUAUAAGACCUUGGCUUGAUCGACUGCAUGUUAUCUUGAUUGGACCUGGACUUGGCAGAGAUGAAAAGAUAUUCGAAACUAUUAUUGAAUUAAUAUCUAUCUGCCGUGAGAUGAGAAAGCCUCUAAUUAUUGAUGCAGAUGCAUUAUUCUUAGUCUGUCAAAAGCCAGAAAUUAUUAAAGACUAUCCAGGAGUUAUUUUGACUCCAAAUGCAAUAGAGUUCAGUCGUUUGAUUAAAGCAGUGCUGGACAAGACAGCAUCGCCUGCUUCUUUAGUCAAAACUUCUGAUGUCAAGCAUGUAGCAGAGGCUCUUGGAAAGACUGUAACAAUUUUGCAUAAAGGAGCCAAGGAUAUAAUAGUGGAUGGCCACAAAGAUACCGAUAUCGUAUCAUGUGGACUAGCUGGUUCAGGAAGGCGAUGCGGUGGUCAGGGAGAUCUUUUGGCUGGUUCUCUAAGUGUUUUUUUGUAUUAUGCUAUCUCAGCAAAAACUAAUGAGUGCGCUUUGUCUCCUCCAAUAAUAGCAUGCUAUGCUGCUGCGAGAUUAGUUCGAGAAUCCAAUGCAUCAGCCUUUAAAUUAAAACAAAGAGGCAUGUUGACAUCUGAUAUGCUAGAACAUAUUCAGCCAGUUUUUAACCAGAUUUUUGAGACACAGUGCAACAAGUAAUAUAAAAAUGUAUCAUAAUCAUUGGUUGCAAUUAUAUUUUCAUAUAAUGUCUUUUACAUGUAAAA